AAAUUAGGGGGUUAUCAUCAGGCCAAUAUUGUUCGUUAUGUUUUCAGUUGAAAAAGAUAUGUAAUAGAAUACGGUUAGUGAUUGUUGAUGUUGUGGUUCGUUUUUAGUUAGCCUAACUAAUAAUAAUAUUAUAAGAGCUAAUUAAUGAAUGAUGAAAACAAAAAUAAUAAGCUAAACAUUAUUGUAACAAUUUAGUUAUAUCUUCUACACUAGUGCUGCGUGUGCACGUUUCACACCAUGGUUCUUGUUGACUAUUGGAGGCGGAUUGUCGUGCGCGUUAAAUUUGCGCGCCGAGCAUCUGUAGGGUAGAGAGUGGAGAGCGCGAGCUCCAGUCGGUUUAUUAGCGCGUGGUGGGAACGGAUCGUCCACCUCAUCUCGGAGCUGUUUGGCCCGCGCGUGUACGGCGCAUCGGUUGGAGAUUAUUUAGCCUAUUAAAAUAGGUUGCUAUUCAUGCACGCAUUUUUUAGAUCGGCUACAUUAGGGUGUUACACUGAAGGUUAUGGAAUACACGUAUGACGAAGACCUGGAAGAGCUGUGUCCCGUGUGCGGAGAUAAAGUAUCGGGAUACCACUAUGGGCUCCUGACCUGUGAGAGCUGCAAGGGCUUCUUCAAGCGCACCGUGCAGAACAACAAGCGGUACACCUGCGCUGAGAACCAGGAGUGUAAAAUAGACAAGACGCAGCGCAAGAGGUGUCCGUUCUGCCGCUUCCAGAAAUGCCUCAGUGUUGGAAUGAGAUUAGAAGCUGUACGCGCGGACCGUAUGCGCGGGGGCCGUAACAAGUUCGGGCCCAUGUACAAGCGGGACCGGGCCCUCAAGCAGCAGAAGAAAGCUCUGAUCCGCUCCAGCGGCUUCAAGCUGGAGACCUCAGCGCUCCCUUCGAACUCCCCCCUCCAGACUGACUUUACCAGCUUCAGCGGGGCCCUGCACCCCGGGGCCCCCUUGCCGAAGGGCCUGCUGCCCUCGACCCCCGCCCCCAUCACCUCCACGGACUACGACGGCUCCCUCUACGCCCCUCCCUCGCUGGCCAUGACCAUGCAGCCCCACAUGCCGCUGCCCGCCCCCUACCACCAGUACACCGCCUUCCCCGGCCGGCCCAUCAAGGCCGAGUGUCCCGACUACACCAGCUCCCCUGAGUCGCUGGCGGGGUACCCCUUCACCGACCUGUACUCCUCGUCAGGGGCCUCCCCCCAGCUGCCCGGCCUGCCCCCCCUGGUGCUUGAGCUGCUCCGCUGCGACCCGGAUGAGACGGUGGUGCAGAGCAAGAUCCUCGCCCACCUGCAGCAGGAGCAGGGCCCCUCGGGGGCCCCCAGGGGCCGCCAGGACAAGGGCCCGAGCACCUUCAGCAUGAUGUGCCGCAUGGCGGACCAGACGCUCUUCUCCAUCGUGGAGUGGGCCAGGAGCUGCAUCUUCUUCAAGGAGCUGAGGGUGGGAGACCAGAUGAAGCUUCUUCAUAACUGCUGGUCGGAGCUGCUGGUGCUCGACCACAUCUACAGACAAGUGCAUCAUGGGAAGGAGGACAGCCUGCUACUGGUCACCGGAGAGGAAGUGGAGCUGUCGUGCAUCGUGUCCCAGGCGGACGGCACCCUGUCGAGCCUCGUCCAGCGUAGCCAGGAGCUGGCGGCCAGGCUGAUGGCCCUGCAGGUGGACCGGAGGGAGGCGGCCUGCCUCAAGUUCCUGCUCCUCUUCAACCCAAACGUGAAGCUGCUGGAGAACCAGGCCUUCGUGGAGGGGGUCCAGGAGCAGGUGAACGGGGCCUUGCUGGAGUACACCCUGUCCGCCUACCCCCAGUUCCAGGAGAAGUUUGGCCAGCUGGUCCUGCGGCUCCCGGAGCUGCGUGCGCUGAGCGCGGGGGCAGAGGACUACCUGUGCUACAUGCACCUCAGCGGGGAGGUGCCCUGUAACAACCUGCUCAUCGAGAUGCUCCACGCCAAGCAGGCCUGCGCGUGA